AUGCUAUUUGCCCCUAGUGGCCCACAGGGCCCUCGCCGUCGCAGUCGGCUCAAGGCCAUCCUUCUUACCAUAUUCAUCGUCCUCGCCCUGUACCUGCUAUUCUUCUCCCACUCCAGCACAAGGUCCCCCGUGACGGCCGACACGGGCAGCUAUGCGCAACGACAUGGAUCAGCAGCGCCAUCAUCGGUAGACGAGCUGGCUCGUCCGGCCAUGCGUAAGCGCAAGGAGAUGGUUGUGGCCAGCAUGAAGAGUGAUGACACGUCAUGGCUGUCGAAAUACUUCCCAGACUGGACGAAAAGCAUCUACGUAGUAGACGACAAGCGCGCACCGUUGACCGUGACUAUGAACAAAGGGCGCGAGUCGAUGGUCUAUCUAACCUACAUUAUCGACAAUUACGACAACCUACCAGAGACAAUGCUCUUCAUCCAUUCGCAACGAUAUCAAUGGCACAAUGACGACCCCUACUACGACGGCGUUCCCCCGCUACAAAAUUUCCAGGUCCCAUAUCUCCAACAACAGGGAUACGUCAACCUGCGCUGUGUUUGGACACUCGGAUGCCCGACGGAGAUCCGCCCGUUGACGGAUACCCACCGCGACGCCGUACACGCGGGGGAGUACUUCAAGACGGGAUUCAUGGAGCUAUUCCCAGGGGUCCCAAUCCCGGAGGAAGUGGGCGUAUCAUGCUGCGCGCAAUUCGGCGUCUCCCGCUCCAAGGUACUGGAGCGACCGCGCAGCGACUACGAGCGCUUCCGCACUUGGCUGGUGAAUACAGAUUUACCAGAUGACCUGAGUGGACGAAUUAUGGAAUAUUCAUGGCAUAGUAUGUUCCCCCAACCUCUGCACAUUGAGGGAUAG